ACAAAAAUCUUUCAUCAUAAUUGUUGAUCAAACUAAGAUUUUCAUCACCAUGGCAACUAGAUGCUUAUAUUUUGCAACAAUAAUGCUUACUGCAAGCAUAUUAGUGUUAGGAAUUUCAGCUCAAUUUGAAUGUGGUGGAAACAUAAUUGGCAUUAGAGCUCAAUGUAUAACUUUCGUACAAAAGGGUGGGGAAAACUUUCCACCAUCAGAAUCUUGUUGUGCAGCAUUAAAAGGUGCUAAUAUUUCGUGUUACUGCAAAUAUGUGACUCCUUUUAUUGAGAGUAAGAUCAGUAUCGAAAAAGCUAUAUAUGUGGCAAACGCUUGUCAUGCUCAAAAUAUUCCUACGGAUAAAUGUGGAAGUUAUGUUAUCCCUCAUCCUCCUUCAUCUAAGGCUUGAAGACAAUAUUGGAUGCAUCAAACUGAUGCUCAUGAAUAAAAUAAAAUAAACGCGAGAUGCGUCUUUUUAGUUAUAAGUUUAUGUAUUAUGUUCUUUUGAUUUGUAUUUAUACAACUUCAAUGACAUGGUCUUAUGGUGAUAAAUAUAAAAAAGUUGGAAGCUUUUA